AUGGAAUCUGGCAACACCACUCCCCACGACCAGAACAAUCCUGCACCAGACGAGCACGAUGAGGAGGAUGUCAUUGAUCCUAAGGAUCACAUGGAACCAUUCGAUUGGCAAGCACUAGAGAUGGACUACCUCGCCGCAAUGGCCGACUGCAAGGCAGAAGAAGACGCCCACCUUCAAGAUUUCGCUUCUUUGUCGCAGUUCUUUGCCGUCUGGGCAGAAACCAUUUCCGUCNUGAGAACACAAAGCACCCUUGUCAAGAAGAAGGAAAAUGAGCUCGAAGAGCGCAGAACACACNUGUAA